AUGUUUGGAUCAAAGGCUCCUUUAAUCACAUUGUUCGGCGAACGACUUACAAAACAAUUUCUCUCCGAGUCCAUUAGCGCUCUUGAUAAUCUGAUCUUUGCCCUCUCGCCGCUUGGGGUCUUGACUGCUGUAGUGUCAGUGAUCAGGAUCUGCGGAAGUUCGUCUUUAAGGGCAUUUGUCGGACGAGCACAAGAAGGUCCUGCCGAAGCUGAAAGUGAACUCCUUCCUUGCGUCUCCGAAUCUACCGCAGAGCUCUUCAAUGAUGGUGGAAUCACACGAGUCUUUGGAAGGCCCAAAAUCGUGGAGAUAGUGACUUGGGAGAAUGUCAACUAUAGAAAAGAGACAGUGACCAAAAUUGGCACUUUGAAAGACGCUCUUCAAGAUGAUGCGUGGUCUUGCAAUAGCAAAGUUUCACCCAGUGAAUUACCUGAACUGGACAUUCCCAAUCUGUCAUUAAAUACGGGAAUCAAGAGGAGGGCUCAAGUGUGGUUUCAUUGUGCUGCGAUACUAGGUGGUGUACUGCAAACCGCCACUAUUGCAUAUGCUGCAUUCACGGUGUUUAUAUAUCCCCAGCAUUUUCAGAAGAACGACAAAGCUGUUGCCUCAUACGCAUUCCCGCUUUAUCUUACUGGGUCGGUCCUCUUAUUUAUCGGAAUGUUCUUCUGUGCAUUUAUCUUGGAGCGUUCCUCAAAGGAGUAUUAUCUGAAGGCGGAAAGGCCAAGCAAGAUAUACUGGCUGCAGCUUGGUAACCAAGAUGUGGGAGAUCAAGUCUUCAAUACUUUCUUGGCUGUCAAGGAAGGCCCAAAAUCUUCAAUGACCACGAAUCUUAGCUAUAUCAAAUCAAUCAGAGAUCGAAGAUAUGACGGGAGGCAUUUAGAGAUUCACUCCACACUCGCAUCCACAAUCCUCGGAUUUGUCUUUCAGUUUGUUGGACUGAGAGGCCUCCAUGCAUCUGUCAUCCUAGCCCAGCUAGGAUCGACACUCCUAAUGGCUAUCAUACGGACCUGGCUGCGAACGGAAAGAAUGGAGCCGGACGAUAACAAGAUGAAAGACGACCGGGACCUCAUGGCUUACAAGCAGCAGGAGCUGGACUGCUUCGCCUUUUAUCUCGAAAAGGUCGAAUCUUUCGAUCUAAUCCCACCGCAUAUGGUACCACUGCAUGACCAAUCAGCCAGGAUGAAGCCAGCGGAAAAGCUGUUACCUGAUGCUGGGGCACCGUUGGGGAUAAAGUUGAUUCAGACACGGGCUCAGCUAUCUAGACUUACAUCGAGGUCGACUCAGAGCAUUAAUGCUGCCUGGGAUGAGAUGCCUGUUCGAAAAAUAGCUCAUAAUCUCUCAAAAAUGAUUGAGUCGACGAUGGAUUUGAUUUCCAGUUGGGGAGUUGAGUUCGAUGACACCUUUAGCUUCCGAAUUGGCUUCGAAUGUAAAGGUAUCAAUCCAGGUUCUGGGACUCAAUAUUCAGGACAAUCGGCGAUUGACCUCAUGUGGCGAGGUGAUGAUAUGCGAUGGAAAGUGGACGCCACCGAGAUGGAGGCAGUUCUAGGCUUGUGGACAUGGUCUCUGUGCAAGUCAAAUCGCGAUCUAGCGACUUCAAAGCUCUUUCGUAUUGUUGGGCUUGAUAAAGCAGAGGCAAGCAGGGAAGAGACUUAUCUCUACUUUCGCAAAUGGAUAUUCCGAACCUUGGACAAACGACUGAUCCCAUCUGACCUCAUUGGCGAUCAACAACGACUCUUCGGCCAUGAGCCAAAGGAUCACUCCUCCCUGAAGAACCUUCUCGCUAUAUACACUAGUAAUGGAGUAGAGAUGAUGACCGCCCAAGAUAUUUUCAUUCAAUUUCUCAAGACAGCUUUCCUCCAAGUGAAGGAAUUGGGCGGGCAAGUGGACAUCUCUACUGGUGCAUACAGACGCGACCCGAACUUAGCCUCCAACACGCAUAUUAAUGAGCUGGCAUCUCGGUUUGAAGCUCAUUCCCUUGGAUCACGGGAGGAUGCAUUACUGUGCAUCGUCCCUGUUCUAAAAGAUAGAGGUCUUCUCCCCGACCUCGAAGCCGACUCCCCCAAGACUAGAGCGCACAAAGAGGAAUAUAUAAAGCAGGACAACUGGGAAGAAGCAUUCGAUCUGCUUCUUUGGCUUUCUGAACGAUCAGAAGGCCAACAUCUUGAGUCAUCGGUUUAUGAGCUGGGGUUUCUUUGUCGUCAAGCGUUGUUGGGUGGCACCUAUAAUGCUCACAUCAAAGGAGCCGAGCAAAUAGGAAACCUUCUCAGGUCAGAUAUACGGGACUGGUUUAUUCGAGGUCCAUUCGUGCCGUCACAUUGGAAGAAGUCUCAAGAUCGCAUUCAGUGGUGGGAUGCGUUCUCAACCCAACUUGGCUGGAUAGCAUGGAACAUCUCGACCAAGGUUCCUGACUUAGGAUUCAGCCAGCCUACUCUGGCGUCGUUGAACGUUCAGCAGACGUUGAGUGGCGGUAACGAUGCAGGCCAUGAUGUAGUUGAGGUCCAAAAAAGCAUCGAGGCUGUUGAAUACUGGCUUACAUCGGAUAUUCUCGUUUUGGGCCACGGUGGGCCCAGGGCUAACGAUGAGAUCGCGUUUGACUGGAUCGUCCGCAACAACCAUCAUGCCCUGCUUUAUUUUCUGCUGCUAAUAUGGAUUGAGCUCAGCGAAAGUUGGCCGUCGCUCAUCAUGCGCGCAUAUUCCUUCGCAAGCAAGAAUCGCUCUGUUUCGGCAUUCAGAACCCUUCUUCGCUACAGAGCAAAUAUAGAAGCAGUGGAUCCCCACGGUUGUACGGCGUUGCUUAUGCGCAUCCAGAACAAAGACUUGGAUGGAGUGAAAAUGUUACUGCAAUACGGCGCCGACCCAAAUGGCAAACCAAAUGGCGUCAACGAAUCCCACAAGAUCAGACCCCUGCUUGUAGCCUUGGGAAUUGGCGACUACGAUAUUGCCGAAUUACUUCUGCAGAACGGAGCCUCAGUAGAUGUUGUUGACCAAAGAGGCCUUUCCGUGUUGUGGUGGGCCUGCAGCUCCGGUAACUUGGCGAUUGUUGGUCUGGUUCUGCGCUAUAAUGCAGCGAUUGACCCAGUCGGACCUGACGGUACAACGCCAAUGCGCUAUUACGCGGAAAAAGGGAAAGUUGAGAUUGCUAGGUUCCUAAUUAGUAAAGGAGCGAGCACCAAAUUUGAUGACAUGAGCGGUCGGCCUGCACUCACGCCCGCAGCUAAAGAUAGCUCUUUGAGAAAUGCUCCGUUGUUGUUGGAAGGAGGACCUGGUAUUGUUGUGGACAAGAAGAAGGGACUGACCGGUGGAUCUGGCGUCAUUAGACGUCCACCUCCAAGUUAUGACUAG